AUGACUAUCCAGUACGCCAAAAACCAACCAGCGGGUUUCAAAAACCGUAUUGAGCGCGUCGCCAUCAUUGGUGCCAGCGGACAGGUUGGUCGACCCAUCACCGACGCUCUCCUCCAGACCGGGAAGCACAUUGUUACUGUCAUCACUCGCAGUGACAGCCAGAAUAAGCUCCCCGAAGGCGUCAAGGUCGCCCAGGUAAACUACGAAGAAGAGGCCACUCUGGUCGAGGCACUCAAGGGCCAGCAGGUGCUAAUCAUAUCUUUGGCCGUAACGGCAGCACCUGAUACACAGGCCAAGAUCAUCAGUGCUGCGGCUAAGGCGGGUGUUCCACAUGUCAUGCCAAACGCCUGGGGCGGAGACACCCAGAACAAAAAGCUCGCGGCCGAGAACUUGACAGGUGAGGCUUACCUAGCUGGAAUCCAAAACAUAGAGGACAGUGGUAUAUUUUGGACGAACCUGUGCUGCUCCUUCUGGUACGAGUACUCUCUCGCCCUGCCGUUUGCCUACGGCUUCGACGUGCCUAACAAAAAGGUCACCUUCUACGACGACGGCAAUGUCCGCAUCAACACAUCAACGUGGCAGCAGUGCGGCCGCGCCGUCGCCUCCUUCCUGAGCCUCAAGGCGCUACCAGAGGACGAGAACGACAAGUCGCCAACCGUAUCCGCAUGGCACAACAAGUCUCUCUAUGUAUCCAGCUUCCUCCUCUCUCAACGCGAGAUGCUCGACAGCAUCCAACGCGUGCAAGGUACCACGGAUGCGGACUGGCAGAUCACGCAUGAGCCGGUCGUGGAGAGGUACAAGAGAGGUCUUGACAUGCUCCAGGCCGGCGAUAGGAAUGGGUUCGGCAUCGCACUGUAUGCUCGUACCUUCUUCCCCGGUGGCGACGGCGACUACGAGCACAGCCGCGGUCUGGAUAACGAUAUCCUUGGCCUGCCCAAGGAGGACCUCGACAAGGCGACCGCGAGGUCAUUGCACAUGUCGGGCUCUGACUGGAACCCAUUCGCCAGCAGAACAAAUGCCAAGAUAUAUGAUUAG